CGGGGGGAUGCUGAGAAGCAUCGAUCAGGGAGGAGACACCUCGACCGGUUUAAUUGCUGCCUGUUGCGCAGCGGGGAGGAGCCGGAGGGGGAAGGGUCUUGGCGGUGCGCCCCUGGCGGCCGCGCGGGGCCGGUGCAAGCGCGCCGCCGCCGUUUCGGAGAGCCACUGCUCUCCCCUGCUCCUCCGCUGUAGCCGCGUCCCCAGCCAGCCCGCCAGCCCAUCAGCCAGCCCUUAGUCGUCCUCGAUCGCUGUUGGCUGCCCGCACUUUCCCCGGGCUGGAGCCAGCUGGGCAAGCGAAAGGUGGCGGGCUGCUGGCCGCGCUCCCCUCCCCGGCUCCAUGGAGCCCAGCACCAGCCUCGGCGGCCCCGCAGGAGCCAAGCGUGGUAGAGACGCUGCCGUAGCCGUCGCCGCCAGAGGGUCUGCAGCGAUGAAGAAGACGCAUACGUCCCAGAUAGAGGUGAUCCCGUGCAAGAUCUGCGGAGACAAAUCCUCUGGGAUCCACUACGGCGUCAUCACUUGCGAAGGGUGCAAGGGGUUCUUCCGGCGCAGCCAGCAAGGGAGCGUGACUUACUCUUGCACCCGGCAGCAGAACUGCCAAAUCGAUCGCACCAGCCGCAACCGAUGCCAGCAUUGCCGCCUGCAGAAAUGCCUCAGCCUUGGCAUGUCCCGAGAUGCUGUCAAAUUUGGCCGUAUGUCUAAGAAGCAGCGGGACAGCCUCCACGCUGAGGUUCAGAAGCAGCUGCAGCAGCAGCAAGAGGGCGGGGAAGCUUCGGCCUACUCCUUGGGGGUGGCCAAUGGGCAGCUCAAGUUGGCUCCCCCACCGGACCUCCUGGAAGCCUCGGCGUGCUCCACCACACUCCUGAAUGGGCAGGCCCACCUCAGCCAGCCCUCAGCUGAGACGGCCGCCUUGGCCUACUCCAAUGGACUCGCCAAGGCCCAGAGCAUUCUGGGCGAGGACCUGCGGGCUCCCUUCACCAAGGAGUACAGCCCCGAGCGCAUCAAGAUGGAGAGCCGGGGGAGCGUCUAUUACGCCCUGGAGGCGCAGGCGUCACCAGAGCUCUUGCGCCCAGAUGUCAACGGGGCAAAGCGGCCAGCAUGCGGCGAGGGCCUCGAGAGCCUUGACUUCUACACCAGCUUCGCCAGCCUCUUGGAAUCGCCAAACUCUUCCCUGACAGAAAUUGAACAUCUCACACAGAACAUCGUCAAAUCCUAUCGGGAGACCUGUCAACUUCGCUUGGAGGACCUCCAGCUCCUGAGGUGGGAGACCUUCACCCGGGAGGAAGUUGGGAUCUAUCAGAAAAAGUCCAUGGAAGAGAUGUGGGAACGUUGUGCCUGCCGCAUCACCGAAGCCAUCCAGUAUGUGGUGGAGUUCGCUAAACGGAUGGACAGCUUUAUGGACCUUUGCCAAAACGAUCAGAUUGUGCUGCUCAAAGCGGGUGCCAUGGAAGUGGUUUUGGUAAGGAUGUGCCGUGCCUUCAAUUCCGAGAACCGGACUGUAUUUUUUGAGGGCAAAUACGCUGGCCCAGAGCUCUUCAAAUCCCUUGGAUGCAACGAGCUGAUCACCUCCAUCUUCGACUUUGCUCACAGUCUCUGUUCGUUCCACUUCUCCGAGAACGAAAUCGCUCUUUUCACGGCGCUGGUGCUGAUUAACUCAAGCCGUCCCUGGUUGCAGGAAAAGAGCAAAGUCGAGCAUCUCCAGAGCAACCUGGAACUGGCUUUCAAGCACAUGUUACGGAAGAACCACCGGGAAGGCAUUCUGGCCAAGUUACCCCCUAAAGGGAAGCUGCGAAGCCUCUGCUGUCAACAUGUGGAGAAGCUGCGCUCCUUCCGCGAGAUGUACCCCAUCAUUGUCCAUGCUGUCUUCCCACCUCUAUACAAGGAGCUGUUCAGCUCAGACUGUGAUCCACUCCAGGGAACAGCAGGAGAGUAAUCCCUGCUCCCAGCGAGGCGAGGACCUCCCAGGGAUCUCUUGCCACUCUCCCUGCCUUCUCUAGCUUUCCCCUCUCCAACUGACGCCAGACCGGGCAGGGGUGGGAUAUGAUCGUCGAGACCAAAAUCCCCCCGUCCAUGUGUUCCCGCAUGGAACCGGGGCAAGCGGAAGAGAAUGCCUGGGUUUUUUUGUCUUCAAAAGAUCCCCACUUCUGACACCAGCUUUGGUAUGCAACGUUGACCCCGCCACUUCGGCCCUGGAGAAAUGCGGAGCGGGCGGGCCCACACUGAACCCACGUCUCACGGGGACCUUAGCGAUUGAGGGCUAAGCGAUGUUUAUGUAGCACUUUGGGAAGCAUAUGGAGGUUCACCACCCUCAAAGUCAAAGUGUUAAUCAAGGGAGGGUCUUGUGGACAAACAGCGCUCCUAAUAUGGUGCGUUCUCAUUGGAGGGGCAAGUCCCAUUAGCUGCCCUCAUUGUAACACCAUGGCCAAGAUGGCCGACUUGGGUAGCCAAGAAUACCUCAUUGUGCUGUCUAAUGGCAUGAGACUCCACUAAGCUAUUCAGUUUUUUUUUCCCUUGAAACUAAGUUUCUAAGAAAUAAUAUAUUAUCUAUAUUGUUAUAUAUGUGAUAUAUGUGGUUCUAUAAGAUAGAUCUCUAUUUUUCAAUGUCUGUAUGCUUUUGUAUUUGAUAAGGAGUCUCUGUCUUUUUCUUUUACUGUGCGUGUUUCAAAACACACGCAGAGACUGACUUCUCAGACUAGAUUCAAACAACCAGCAACUUACCAAAAAAGAAAAAACCUCCCCAACCCAAAUCUUGCUGCGUUUGCUUUCCUUUAAAAAGUUUUUUUUAAAAAAAACAAAAGAUUUGCACACAGAUACCAAACGCAAAUACUGCCCAGUAGCUUUUAUCCAAGAGUCUUUAGCCGUUUCCCAUCGCAGCAGAGAAGCCCGUGGGCUUUCCUCGUGUGAAUCGUCUCAUAAAGUCUGUCGUCACGACCGUUCCGUGCUUAAGCUGCCCAGACACGCAGCUGACGAUCGGUAGAAUAUUGACCAGCCACGCAGCUUCUGUGAGAAGGAUGAGCUGGCUCAGGAGAAACCACCUGUGUGGUUUAAGCACAGAAAGGGGCAUGCUGUUUGUAGGAUGGCAAUGGGGAAGGCAUUGGGGUGGGGUAGCCCAGGAAGCAGGGAGGCAGCUGUAGGACUUGAGCUGAAUUAAGCGGUUGUAUUUUUCUAUAGUUUUUCUUUUUCUGCAGAACUUCAGUUCUUGCUUAACCAACCCCGGUACCCUUUCUCCGUCCUAAACAGCCAUGAAGUCCACACCCACUUAUAUUGAUCUGGAUUCCUGCAUUGAGCAGGGGGUUGGACUUGAUGGCCUUAUAGGCCCCUUCCAACUCUACUAUUCUAUGAUUCUAUGAUACACCAGUUUCACAUUUCUUGGCUUUUUCCAAAGAAUUCUGGGAAUCAUUGUUUGCAGAGAAUGAUCUGUCUCCCCCUCCGGGGACAGUUACGACUCAGUGAUGGGAACGCGACCUUUCUUGUAUCUUUUUCUUCAGGCUGUCUGUCAACUAAAGGAAUCUUAGUCAAUGCAUCACGUGGGUUUUAAACAGUGGGUUGAAUCUGCAGAUGGAUUAAGCAGGAGGUCAGAAAGCAAAAAUAAAAUAAAGCCACUUCUCACUUUUUUGUGUGUGAUGACAGCUCCAACACGUUCCCUUCUGUCUGAGAGGGGAUGGGGUGCUUUAUCUUAGAACAGGGUUUGUGGGAACCUGUGGCUCUCCAGUUGCUGUGGGACCCUUGGGGCAGUGUCCAAUGUUCCUGCUCAGAGUAGACCUGUUGAAGUUAAUAGACACAACUCGCGUUGGUUCAUACAUUUCAGUGGGUCUACUCUGAGUAGGUCUCAGUUGGUAUUUUCCUCCUCUCCCACACACCUCUCUGAGUUUUUUUUUUAAAAAGCUGUGUUAAUAACAAAUGUUAGGUAACAUCAUCUUAUUUUUGGAAUGAGCAAGUUUCUAUGCAUAUUUUUGUGCGUGGAGAGAGCGAGCGCAAGAAAUAGCCCUUUGCACAACUCCUUUGACAUAACUGGGGAGAAACUUAAUGUAAUAAAACUACCUUUUUAUACUUGGUAGAAGCAAGGGAGGCAGGAGAUGAUAUUGAAUGUAAUUUGGAAGCAAAUCAUCCCGUCUUGUAACCACCUGAUUCCAAGGGAUUUCAAGGAGGUUAGAUGACGUUGGCUAUUUAUUGAGCCUCCAUUUUUAUUUGUUUUCAUGGAGGUUAGAUGACGUUGCAAGUGUCAUCUCAAACUUUCCAGUGCAUUUUUCCCUCUGCUUGCUUUAUUGCAAAAAGGAGAAAAAUCCAAUCUUUUGGGGAAGCUGGAAGGUCACUAGAUGUGACCUUGGAGGCCAGUCACUGUCGCUCAGCCUAGCCCUACCUCACAGGGUUGUUGUGAAGACAAAAUGGGGGGAGGGGGCCAUGCACACCCCCUUGAGCUCCUUGGAGGAGUGCUGGGAUAGAAAUGUAAUCAAUCAAUCAAUCAACAAGAAUUGCACAACCUGGAUUUGGAUCCCACCUGAAAAUAGCGACCAUCUCACCUCACCCUAACUUUGCAAGCCUGCUUUGCACUAUCUUCCAUCUGAUCUUCUCUGUUAUUGUGUAGCCUUUGUCUUCUAGAGAACAAAACCCCAUAUUAUUAUCAUUGUUUUGAAAAAUCUAUUUGAUAUCUUUAAAUGGAUUUUUGUUGUUUUUGUGUAAAUAUCUAUUUUUAAAACAUUUAAUUUUAAGAUAAAAAAACUUUAGAGCUAUCUUUCUUUUCAAAGUGUACAACAGAAAUGUUUUAGGUUGCUUUUUAAUUUAAUUAAAUGAUGGUGCAUAUGAAAAUGUAUGGCUGGGUUUAUUCUCUCUCCCUCUGUUGGUCUUGGCUCAUGGACUUCCUAUUGAUGGAGUAGCAAAUUUGACAUAUGCUGCCUCCAACAGCUUUAGAAGUUUAGAACUGUAGAGUCGGAAGGGAUCUUGGAGGCCAUCUAGUCCAACCCCUGCUUGGGGCAGGCUUUGCACUACAGCAUCCCCUGAGCCUCCAUGGUCAAAAGCAGUGUACCUUUGGAUUCCAGUUCCUGAGGGGCAAACCAUGAAGGAGGGGUGUUGCCCUUGCUGGUGGGCUUCUCAGAAUUGACUGGGCUGGCCAUCACUCAGUGGUAGGGCACCUGCUUUUCAGGCGGAAAGUCCCAAGUUCAAUCCCCAAUGGCAUCUCUGGGUAGGGCUGGGAAACCCAAGAGAGCCGUUGCCAGUUCAUUCAUGCAGUUCUGAGCCAGAUGGGCUAAUGGCCGGACUUGGUAUGAGGCAGCUUCCUAUAUCCCUAUUUAAAUCAGUCCUUUCUUCAGAACCAUGAGGACUGGGAAUUUGCUUAGUUUUUAAGGGAAGGACCAUAGCUCAGUGGCAGAUCACCUGCCUUCCAUGCAGGAGGUCCCAGAUUCCGUCUCCAAUGGCAUCUCCACAUAGGGAUGGAAGAAAGACUCCCUGCGUGAAACCCUGGAGGGGCCACUGCCGGUCCGUGUGGUCAAUGCUGGCAGCUGGCAGCUCCACGUCAGUGGGGCAGUGGAGUCCGCUCCGGGUUUUAGUCCAUACUUUUAAGGAGAUGUCCAAGGUGCUGCCCCACUAACCUGGAGUCACUUGUUGGCAAAGAAAGGGUGCCUGAAUGUAUUUUUCCACAGCAGAGUUACAAGGCCAAGAAGCACAGAGUCCGUGCAGAUCUCAAGGACAAGUAUCCAAGGCAACCAGCUGGCCUUAUCUAUAAGACUUAGCAGAUCUGGCCAGUCGGUGUGGGGGUCGAGGAGUUUGUACAGAGAGAGAGCUUGUGAUAUAUUCUAUUGUCAGUAAAGUGACUCUUAAAACUUAUUACUUGUCUGGCUCAUUGCUUCAACUGGCAUCUAGCCUGUCACUAUACUGUUCUGCAUCCUGGGCAUCUGCUUGCGCCAGAUACAACUUUCAACAAGUGGUAGCAGAGGAUGGUUUCGAUGCGCAGAUGGAUGUCCGGAGAAAAGCCAGAACUGCAGACCAGCGAGUAAAACAGCAGAGAGACGGAGAAACCGAAAGCUGAGCUGAAAGCUGUGAGAGAGCCGUGGGACUGAAGGACAGAGGUGAGAAGCUCUAAUUACAAAGGCGGUGAACUGUGAAAAGUGAAAGUAUGUCUGUUACAUUAUCAGCCGGGAUUCCCUUGGAAAGGCUGACAGGGAAAAAUUAUGGCACUUGGAAACAGAGAAUGCAGGCUUUUCUAGUGAAAGAAGACCUGUGGAAAGCUAUCGCAGAAGACCCACCCGCCGGGGUGCCUAUUCCAGCAGAUUGGAGAAGGCUGGAUGAGAGGGCAAAGGCGUUAAUUGUUCUUGCUAUUGAUGAUUCUCAAUUACUGCACGUGCGUGAUGCAACAACGGCUAAGGAAACCUGGGAAACUUUAAGAAAUAUUCAUGUGAAAAAGACUGCCAGUUCUAAAAUAUAUCUUGCCAGAAGAUUGUAUCAGAUGCGCUUAUCUGGAGAUACAACCAUGUCAGAGCAUUUGUUGGAGAUAAACAGACUGUUUACUGAGUUGUCAGAACGUGAAAUUGAACAUUCUCAAACGCAAAAAGUGUAUAUCACAUUAUCUUCACUAGAUUCAUGUUAUGAUAGUCUGGUGAGCUCUUUGGAAGCAAUGGACGAUGCAAAUCUCAAUAUGGAUUACAUAGAAGGAAAACUUUUACAAGAAUUUCAAAGAAGGCAAGAAAUGGCAAAGCAAGAAAGGACUGAGUCUAAACACGUGGAAAAGCAGAACAACAAAGCAGCGCAAGAGAGACUGUAUGGACAAAAGGCAUGUUAUUUUUGUGGUUCCAAGCAACAUCUUCAAAGGAAUUGUGAAGCAAGAAGAAGAGAAAGAGGAAGAAAACCAUGUGUACAGGUGAUCUAUGCUAGUAAGAAUAAGCAAUGUAUUAACAAUGAGCAGGGAAAUAACUGUAAAGAUUUAUGGGCAAUUGACAGUGGGGCAACAAAUAGUAUAAUCAAAGAUAAAUCCAUGUUUCAUACAUUUUGUGACAUAGAGGAUCAUGUAAUAAUGGCUGAUGGAUCUAAGAAACAGAUCAAAAGUAGGGGAACAGUGAAAUUAGCAGGUUUCAAUGCCAUUAUGACUGAUGUGCUGUUUGUUCCUGAUAUUGAAUGCAACAUUAUGGCUGUGUCGAAACUCAAUGAAAUGGGGUUCAAUGUAAUGUUCAAAAGGGGUUCAGUGCAUGUAAUGAGAGGAGGAAAAAUAUUCAUGAAAGGAAUAGUGAGGAACUCAUUGUUCUUCUUACACGUGAAACAAACAAAUCAUGUACUCGUGUGCUAAUAAGAAACCCCAUAAUAAUUGUGUUCAUUUAUGGCACAGAAAACUAGGCCAUAUAGGAUAUGAAAAUGUGGUGAAAACAACAGAGAACAGUAAUGAUGUGACAUUGAGAAACUGUGAAAAAUAUGUAGACUGCCACGUGUGUAAACAAACUAGGGCAGUUGUGGCUGCAAAGAACAAAGAAGCCAUGCCCAGUACAAAUGCACCUUAUCAAUUAAUACACGUGGACUUAGUGGGGCCAUUUCAACCUACUCAGGGGGGUGCAAGAUAUUUCCUGACAAUAGUUGAUGAUUUUUCAAAAUUCUGCACUGUUUAUUUACUAAAAGCUAAAAGUGAAGCUGCAGAGAAACUGAAAAGAUUUAUUACAAAAAUUGAAGUGCAGUUUGGUGUCAAAAUACAGAGAAUAAGAUCAGAUCAAGGAGGAGAGUUCUUAGGACACUCUUUUACUGAACACUUGGAUAAAAGAGGAAUAAAACAGGAGUUAACAGCCCCUUAUAGUCCUAAUCAGAACGGGUUAGCUGAACGCUGGAACAGGUUGCUUCAGGACUCAAUAAGAUCAAUGCUAUGUGACUCCUCUUUAACACAAGGUUUCUGGGGAGAGUGUGUUCUGUAUUCAGCUUACAUUCAAAACAGAAUAUUCCAUAAGGCCACUGGAAUGUCUCCUUAUCAGAAAUUGUAUGACAGAAAACCCAGAUUAAAACAUUUGAUUAGGUUUGGAGCAGAAUGCUGGGUACAUGUUCCCAAAAAUAAAAGGACAGGGAAGCUGCAAAGGAGAGCAGACAAAGGGUACAUGCUGGGAUUUGAAAACACGUAUUACAGAAUUUGGAUGCCAAAACAAAGGUCUGUGGUGUUAAGCAGAAGCGUGCAAGCAAUAGAGCAGGAUUGGGAAGAGAAAACAUAUGUGGAGUUGGGAAACACUGAAGUUAGUAAUGAACAAGAACAGGCAGAUACAGUACCAAUAAAACAAGAAGAAACAGGCAGCAGUAGUGAAUCAAGUUCUAGCUCUGAGAGAGAAACUGAGGAAUCGCCUGACACAGACACAGACACUAAGGCAGAAAUACAACCACGCAGAUCAGAGAGAACAACCAAAGGUAUUCCACCUGUUAGAUUUAAAAUAAAUUCCAUUAAGCAUAUAGACUUCAGUAACUGGAAAAAGUGGGAUGAUGGGAAUCAUGAAAAAUAAUUGCUGAAAGAAAUAUAAUGCAAAUGAUGCUGAGAUUGCAAUGGAGUAACUGUAUUACAAAUGAUGCUGAUGUAAACUGAAGAAAAGAAAUGUAUCAUGUGGAGAAAUGUAAUUGAAGUGACUGCAAGAAAUGUAACUGUAAUUGUGAUAACAAAAGUUAGAAGAAACAUGAAAGAUGUAAUGUAAAUGAUAAAGGUUUAUGCUAUGGAAAAAUAGGUGGGGGGUGUUGGCAAAGAAAGAGUACCUGAAUGUAUUUUUCCACAGCAGAGUUACAAGGCCAAGAAGCACAGAGUCCGUGCAGAUCUCAAGGACAAAUAUCCAAGUCAACCAGCUGGCCUUAUCUAUAAGACUUAGCAGAUCUGGCCAGUCGGUGUGGGGGCCGAGGAGUUUGUACAGAGAGAGAGCUUGUGAUAUAUUCUAUUGUCAGUAAAGUGACUCUUAAGACUUA